GCGUCUCCCCUUCACCGAGCUAACAUGUGCGGAGUUCUUGCAUCCGAACGUAGAUUCUUGGAACUCUCCAGCUCCUCGCUCUAAUUUGGAAAAGAAGCACAGAGAUCAUCGCAUUUCAUAGCCCCACUGAACCCCAGUGAUUAGUGGAGAGUGUUAGUGACAGCCGCGUUUUCAGCUGAUGAACUCCGGAAUUUUCAUUCAAACGCGAGACUGAGCGCGAAGCUGCUACAAUCGUAUCAUCAGUGCAUUUGUAUUUGGAUCCGUCCAACUUCCAUAACGUUUAAAUUGGACAUUGGGAGUCUGACGUAUGAUCCGUACUCCGAACUGAUUCGAUUUAAUCAGUUUAUUCCCCCAUCAGCUAACUGUUCCAUGGAUCUGGAGAUGAGGAAGACACUCUUUAGUGCGUGCGCCUUGAUCGCGCUUAUGCCGGCCUGUUUCACCUCCUAUGUGCCGUGCGAGCCGUGCGAUAAGAAGGCGCUCUCCAUGUGUCCACCCGUACCCACGGGCUGCCAGGCGGUGAAGGAGCCGGGCUGCGGCUGCUGCUUGACCUGCGCGCUGCGGUUAGGAGAUGAGUGCGGCGUCUACACGGGCACGUGCGCCACGGGUCUGCGCUGCCUACCGCGCCUCGGUGAGGAGAAGCCGCUGCAUGCGCUGCUACACGGCAGGGGGUUGUGUAUGAACAAGAAAGGCUACAUGCCGGCCCAGGAUCAAGAGGAUGUCCUGGGGCCAGUGACUGAGGAUCUGCAUCACCAUUCCAAGGUGCCAUUGUUUCCUCGAGACCACUUCAAUAACAAGAAGGUCCUGGCUGUUCAUAAGGAUAGGAAGCAGCUACAGUCCAAGCUCAGGACCAUGGGCCAUAUGGACUAUUCCCGCAUCAGAAUAGAGAAAGCCCAACCUGAAAUGGGACUGUGUCGGAGGAAGCUGGACAUAAUUGUCCAGAGGAUGAAGGACAUGCCUAGAGUCAUGGCUCUGUCUCUCUAUCUGCCAAACUGUGACAAGAAAGGCUUCUUCAAGCGCAAACAGUGUAAACCCUCCAGAGGGCGGAAGCGAGGCAUUUGCUGGUGCGUAGAUAAAUAUGGGGCCAUGAUGCUGGGAACUGACUACAGUGGAGGCAACAUCCAGUGCAGCGACCCAGAGAACAACAGCAACAACAAAUGAAGAGUCUCCUUGUUGAUAAGAGGUCCAAUCUCCAGCUUUUUGCCAUAUUCUGUUAACUACCAAAUCACCUAAAGAAUCUGUAAAAAGCCUCUCAUUCAUGUGUGUAUAGUCAAAGCUAGAAAACAGAUUUGUAUACAUAAGAUUUGUAUGUACCUAAUUCAUGUCCUUUCGUAGCUCAUACAUUUUUGGGACUGAAAUAUAAGUCAUCUCAGCAGCAAACAAUCAAUAAUCAAUAAUUAUAUGUUUAAUAAAUUGUACUAAGAUGCAUAGCAAACAAUGGAAUUAUGAAAAGAUUUUUUUUUCAGUACUAGAGCACUUUAAGUACUUUCAGAGCACUUUUCCAUAUAAUCUUAAAUGUGUGGCUCUUUUUUUUUUUGUUUGCUAUUUUUCUUAAUGCAGGGUAAAUGGUCAGUGCUAAUAUUAUAGCAGCCCUAUGCCUUCCCCCAAAAAUGGCAAUGGUCAAUGACUAUAGAAAGCUAAUCAUAUAUAAUUAAAGCUAAACCUGUGUAAUUGGGAUGAGCUGACAUACAUACAUUUCUCAAUCUCAGUUAAGUCUUCCAGAAGCUAAUAAAAUAAGCUAUUUACUGGAUGUGCUUUCCCAUUUCAGAUUUAGUCCCCUUUUUGCUUUGAUAAUAACCUCCACUCUUCUGAGAAGGCUUUUCCACUAGAUUUUGUAAUGUUACUGUUAAAUCAGUCCAUCUAAGUGGUCCAAUAAUUGUAAUUUUGGUUGUGUGACCAUUUUUAAGUUUAUGAUUUUUUUGUUUUGUGUGAUUACCUCGAUGCAAAGCAGUGAGUAACUACAGCCCAGAAGUCACUUAUUGCUUUUAUCACAGGAGAAACAAAGAAACAACACCAUAUCUGUUUAUGACACUGUUCAUUUGUAAAACACCCAACUGAACACUGUAAUUCCAUAUUUGUAUAAAAUCUAUUCACACAUACAAACUGUACACCUGUUCCAACUUGAUAGAUCAGGGGUCUUCAAAUCUGUCCUGCAGCAUUGACUCCAACCCUAAUCAAACACAACCUGAACAAGCUAACCAAGGUCUUCAAUAUUAUUAGAAAAUUACAGGCAAGUAAGUUUGGAGGUUGGCUCUAAACAAUGUAGUGGAACUGUGAGCAAUAUUUAGCAUUACAAUUAAACUUAAGCUCUAAGUCUAAGGAAAAAGAAUGUGCAAAAUGUUUAUAUGUUGAGUUUCCUGUAAACAGCUGUAUAACCAAAAUUUGAUGUGUGCCAUUACACAAAGAUCGUACUUAAACCAAAUAAAAUAAUAAUAAUAAUAAUAAUAAUUAUAU